AUGCCUAUUAACUGCAAAAUUCCAAAGAUGAACAAUUCUUGUGAAGUAAUCUCUUCUCCAGAAGGAAUAAAUAAGAUUAAUAUUCGUGGUUACUUAAUGAAUCAAGAAAGAAACUAUUAUUGGUGCUAUGAGAAACAAAUGCAAAGGUC